AUGGGACCUCCCACUUCCUCCCGUCGCCCGCGCAAGAAGGGAAAGACCCCCGCGGCUCCCGGCUCGAAUAACAAUCUUAUCCUCGAUACUGGAAAUGGGAAACAGUCGCCUGCGUUUCCUUUGGUAUCAUUUCUGUGGGCUGCGCGGGCUGGUGUCUCUCAAUGGCUGAUUCUGCCGCUCACUCUCAUGGCCGUUGGUCUUUUCCGAUGGGCUGUUAGUUUAUGGGGUUACUCAGGCUUUGAGGUACCUCCGAUGCAUGGCGAUUUCGAAGCACAACGACAUUGGAUGGAGAUAACUACCCACCUGCCCAUCUUUAAGUGGUAUCUGUACGAUUUACAGUACUGGGGUCUUGACUAUCCUCCCUUGACUGCCUACCACAGCUGGUUACUCGGAAAGAUUGGCUCCGCUGUUGAUCCUGCAUGGUUUGCACUUGACGAGUCUCGCGGCUUCGAACACCCCGAUUUGAAGAUCUAUAUGCGCGCCACCGUCGUGGUCUCCGAAUACUUCAUCUAUGUUCCAGCAGUUGUCACCUUCCUCCGCCGGUAUACUCGUAUGCAUGGCGUGCAUGCGUGGUCCGCUUCCAUUGCUCUUGUCGCCAUUCUGCUCCAGCCAGCUACCAUACUCAUCGACCAUGGCCACUUCCAAUAUAACACAGUGAUGCUGGGUUUGAUGGUCGCGAGUCUGGAUGCUAUUCUGGCUGGGCGCAUGCUUUGGGCCUGCAUAUUCUUUGUUGGCGCCUUGGGUUUCAAGCAGAUGGCUCUUUACUAUGCCCCCGUAAUGUUCGCCUACUUACUGGGUGUCUGCGUCUUCCCGCGGAUUCGCUUCCUGCGACUGGUCAACAUUGCCCUGGUCACACUUGCCGCGUUUGCUCUCCUGUUUGCACCACUGGUAUUUGGUGCAAUGAGCCUCGAAGCCCGAAAGGAAUUUGCGUCUCUUCCGCAGCCCCCUCUACUGCAGUCGCUCCCAAUUACUCUCGACAAGAACUCUGUGGCCUAUGCAGUGCUCUUCCAGUUGACUCAAACCAUCCAUCGCAUCUUCCCCUUUGCGCGUGGUCUAUUUGAGGAUAAAGUUGCCAACGCUUGGUGUGCAAUCCAUACAUUCUAUAAACUGCAUCGCUUCGAUGCUUCUCUACUCCAGCGUGCAUCUCUAGGUGCUACAUUGGCUUCGAUUAUUGUGCCCUGUGGCAUUAUCUUCCGUCACCCCCGCGCUUCGCUUCUCCUUCCAGCCUUGUCUUGCGUUUCCUGGGGAUUCUUCUUGUUCUCCUUCCAGGUUCACGAAAAGAGCGUCCUCCUUCCGCUACUUCCCAUGACUCUUUCCCUUGCCGGCGAUGGCGGAUUGAACAAAGAGAACCGCGCCUGGGUAGGCUGGGCUAACGUUCUUGGUUCAUGGACUAUGUACCCAUUGCUGAAGCGUGAGGAGCUUCGAGUGCCUUACAUUGUUAUGACUCUUCUCUGGGCUUAUCUCAUGGGUCUGCCUCCACUGUCCCUGGAGACUUACCGAAGUCGUUCAUCCCCUGAGGACCCUAACUCCCAGUUUGAGCUCAACAUUUUCACAAAGCUCCUCCACAUCAUUUUCUAUAUCCUCAUGAUUGGUUGGCACGUGGGCGAGGCACUUCCUGAUCUGUGGGUAGUACUGAAUGCUCUCAUUGGAGCCGGCGGAUUUGGCAUCGCAUACCUCUGGUGCAUGUGGAAGUUGGUUACACAAUGCAGCCAGACUAAUCGCCGAGCCUCCGAAGAGGAGAAUAAGAAGAAGCAGCAGUGA